CUCACUUUUCCUCGCCCAGCUAACUCACCCACCACCUGACGCCUGCGCAGUAAGUCAGCUGGGCAGCUUGUGGCCGUCUCUGGGGCCGCGUUAGUCACAGCUACCUGGAUUCUGAGGUCGUUAGUGUGCCACGCGCCGCCGGGUCGUCACAGCGAGGCGCCGGGGGCCGCUGAGGCCGGGUGGCGCGGCUGUGCCCUGGGUCGCCAGCCCCGAGGCCUGUGAGCAGCCACAAUGUCGAUCUUCACCCCCACCAACCAGAUCCGCCUGACCAAUGUGGCCGUGGUACGGAUGAAGCGCGCCGGGAAGCGCUUCGAGAUCGCCUGCUACAAAAACAAGGUCGUCGGCUGGCGGAGUGGCGUGGAGAAAGACCUUGACGAAGUUCUGCAGACGCACUCAGUGUUUGUAAAUGUCUCCAAGGGUCAGGUUGCGAAGAAGGAUGAUCUCAUCAGCGCGUUCGGAACGGACGACCAAACUGAAAUCUGUAAACAGAUCUUGACUAAAGGAGAGCUUCAAGUGUCAGACAAGGAACGGCACACACAGCUGGAGCAGAUGUUUAGGGACAUUGCCACUAUUGUAGCAGACAAAUGUGUGAACCCUGAAACAAAGAGACCAUACACUGUUAUCCUUAUAGAGAGAGCCAUGAAAGACAUCCACUAUUCAGUCAAAACCAACAAGAGCACAAAACAGCAGGCUUUGGAAGUGAUAAAGCAGCUGAAGGAGAAGAUGAAGAUAGAGCGUGCCCACAUGAGACUGCGGUUCAGCCUCCCAGUGAAUGAGGGGAAGAAGCUGAAAGAAAAGCUCAAGCCGCUGAUCAAGGUUGUAGAGAGUGAAGACUACGGCCAGCAGUUGGAAAUGGUGUGUCUCAUUGACCCAGGCUGCUUCCGAGAAAUUGACGAGCUAAUAAAAAAGGAAACAAAAGGCAAAGGUUCUUUGGAAGUGCUCAGUUUGAAAGACGUGGAAGAAGGAGAUGAGAAGUUUGAAUGACAUCAGUCUCUUCAACCAUGAAACACUACUACAAAUGUUCUUGUUUCUAACAGCACUGUCUUAUUUCUAUGAUCUGCCAAAAACUUCUCCGACUAUAAGUAUUUGACAUUUUGCAUCCUGAUGUUAAAUGUAUACAUAAAAAGACUUUCCUAUCCAAGUAUAAUAAUAUGGAAAUGAUUUAGUUUUAAUUAUAAAUCAGGGUUUUGGCAAAAAUGAAAAACCCAAAAUACAAAGUCCAGAGUAGCAUUUCAUUGCUAGACUGGCAGUGAUGUAUAAUUUCUUUAAAACUUUCCAAAUGAAAGAUUUCUUGAGACAAUACUUGUGGAUAAAAUGUUAAAUUUUGUAAAUUAUAGUUAGAUUUUUUUGGGGGAAUGUGUCCUAUAACAGAAUUUGCUAAAAAAAAAAAAAAAGAAACCAUAUAAUGUCUUAUUUCUCUGUAAUGAAAUGUGUGUAUAGGGGAAACUAUAUCGUGGCCUAACAUAAAGCUUGGAUGGUGGCUUCCUGAUUAUAUGAAGAUAGAUAUAUAAUGAAUGCAGAAUUUAGAUAGUUUUCAUUGAAUGUGCUGCCAUAACUUGGGUUUACUCUUGGUAAUAAAUAAAUUAAAAGAUAAA